UAUAAAUAUCUGAAUAGUCUAUUGGUUUCGUGAUACCGGCUCAUGCGGGCGGUUUUUCCUUAAUUUUAAGUUUUAUUAUUUUGUAAAUUAAUUUAAUAAAUUGUGCCAAUUGAACAGCCAUUAUAAAUAUUCAAAAAUAGCAAGAAAAAGGACUAAAUUGUUUGUCAUCAUGGCUGUAAUAGCGACUGCCGUCGGUCUUCUCCUAUUUCUGGCCAGUGUUCAUUCCGAGGAGUCUCCUAAAGGACCAAAAGUGACCCACAAGGUCACUUUUGACAUGAAGAUUGGAGAUGAGUCCAUUGGUAAAAUUGUCAUUGGCCUGUUUGGUAAAACCGUCCCCAAGACUGCAGAGAACUUCUACCAGUUGGCUCAGAAGCCGGAAGGACAGGGUUACAAGGGCAGCAAGUUCCAUAGAGUGAUUGCCAAUUUCAUGAUCCAAGGUGGAGACUUCACUAAGGGUGAUGGCACUGGUGGACGCAGCAUUUACGGCGAGCGUUUCGAAGACGAAAACUUCAAGCUGCGUCACUAUGGCGCCGGCUGGUUGUCCAUGGCUAACGCUGGCAAGGAUACCAAUGGCUCUCAGUUCUUCAUCACCACCACCAAGACUCCUUGGCUCGACGGCAGACAUGUUGUUUUUGGAAAAGUCUUGGAGGGCAUGGAUGUGGUCCGCAAGAUUGAGAAAACGGUGACUACUUCCAAUGACCGUCCCGUGAAGGACGUCGUUGUCGCCGACACCCAGGUUGAAGAAGUUACGGAACCUUUCGCGGUCUCAAAGGAUAGUGCUCAAUAACAUUAUGAUUAAUUUAGUUAUAUACAAAGAAUGUAUUUUUUAUGAAAUUACUCUCUGUCAACCAGUGCAUUUAUUUUAAGUUUAAAUGAUAUUAUUUUUUCUAUGUUACCCUUGUGCCACAAAUUAAACUGAAAUAUUGGGAUAUAACUUUUUAAUUUAAUACCAUUUUCUUCUUAUUUGUAUGUAUAAGACUAGAGUAUAAAUAAAAAUAUUUGUUAAUUAA